AUGACUGAAUGUUUCAGAGUUGACGAGAGUUCGUACGUGCAAACCCCCGACCGGUUCUUUAUAGAUCGAGACGGAAAGAUCUUCCGACACGUCCUGAACUUCCUACGACUUGGCGAGCUGGUUCUUCCUGAAGGCUUCAAGGAACUCCAUCUGCUCGAGAAGGAAGCUGGCUUCUACCAGAUCCAAGAGCUGAUCAAUGCUGUCCAGUUCAAGAUGGGAAAAAGGGUUGUUCAAACAAGUACAAUGAACCGUAAACAGCGUCAAUCACCCUCGGCACAAAAGAGCCCUGAUGCCGACAACAACCGUCAAGAAUCGGGCUCGAUACAAAAGGGCCCUGAUGACGAUAUCGUGUCGCUGAACGUCGGCGGGCACUUCUACACAACGACAAGAGGCACUCUCACCCGCUUCGGGAACUUUGCUGGGUUGUGCUGGAUGUUUCGUCCCGAUGGCGCGUACGAUUCAAAAGCGUACAACUUUACUACAACGGAGCCUUUUCCCUCCUUGUGGGACAAGCAGGGCCGGUUCGUCAUAGAUCGGGACGGGAAGAUCUUCCGACACGUCCUAAACUUCCUCCGACUUGGUGAGCUGGUUCUUCCCGACGACUUCAAGGAACUCCGUCUGCUCGAGAAGGAAGCUGAGUACUACCAGAUGCCGGAGCUAGCCGAGGCUGUCCGGAUAAUGAUGGGAAAGAAACAUGCUGAUUCCAGUAACAAACAUAAAGUAUUAAGCCUUGCUGGAGGGCUUCUCUUGCUUGCUUCCGUCUAUACUCUAGUUAGAGCCCGUAUUUCGGUCAAUUGACGGAACUAUCUAAGGUAAAAAUAAAAAUAAAAAACUGCAAGUAAAGCUUUAAGGUAGCCCUCAAUAGUCGCCCAAAUCGAUAACGCAUAUUGUUAUGACCACCGUGAUAGCUCAUUUAUUAUUUAUUACAGAUUUGCGAAAGCAAAAAAAAAAAACUGUUUUGUUAUGGGUAUGUUAUGGUGUCACUGUUGGAAUAAUUAAAGCCACAACAGUAAUGUUUAGUCUGCUCUAAUGCGGGAUCUUCAAUGUGAUUUGAAUAUGCAACUUUGACAUGUAAUGUUAUGAAAGUGUUGAUGCGGUCUGUACAUUAUCGACCCAAAAUUCGAUAUCUGAGUUAGUUAUUGGAACUACGCCAUUUAUUAGGAAAGGGACGCCGUGUGCCCUUGAAAGAUCGCCUAAGGCUUAGGUCACAUUUCCAAAUCGGGUAGCUUUCGGGAGCAAAAAGAAUAAUAUGAAACACAUAAAAAUACAUGAAAGCGCCAAAAUAAGAUUCGUGGGCAGGAUUUGUGUAUAUUUCUAGGUAUACAUUUUAAUUUUUCGUUUCUUAAAACAUCCCGGCCGGGCCCCGGUUUGGAAAUGUGACAUAAGCCUAAGCUAUGUAGCAGUCUAGCGAAAGCC